AUGGCCGAACGCCCAACGCUCCCGUACUAUGUCCCCCAAGAGCAACUCCCGGCCCCGUUACCCUCCGUAGCUGAGAUUCUCGCCUCGACAAACUACAUGGUACGGUACGAGGCGGCUCCGAUCGUCCGUGUUGGUGAGCAUUAUGUUGUGAAGUACGGAAAGAAGGUCAGCCUCCAGGAGGGCGAGAACAUGCUCUUCGUUCGACAGUUUUCUCACAUCCCCGUUCCGACAGUCUAUGCAUUGUUUUAUGACGAGGAGACUGACAAGAACUUCAUUGUUCAGGAGUAUAUCCCUGGAAAGCUCCUCCAUGUGCUAUGGGAUACCCUUUCCUACAAGGAGAAGAAGAAUAUCUCUCUACAACUCCGGCAACAUGUGGACGAGUUACGCUGUAUCCCAUCUCCGGGCUAUUAUGGGGGCAUUUGGGGACAGCCGGCGCUUGAUUACAACUUCAGGGGCGUGGAGCCGCAGUUUACGGCGGCACAGAGAACUGAGGAAUUUUGGGCCUUCGGCUUGUGGCGCGGCCUGGGGCUAAAAUUGAAGGACUGGUCCGAGCCCCGGGUCGCGCGGAUGUUGUCCCCCGUCUGGGGCUUCUAUCAGAGCUUUUUCCGCGGCCACGCUUCGGUAUUCACGCACGGAAACCUUUUCCCAGGAACCAUCAUGAUCAACAACAAGACCGGGGCUGUAGUGAUCAUCGGCUGGGAGCUGUCGGGGUGGUACCCUUCAUUCUGGGAGUAUACCUCCGCUAUGUUGCUGUCUCCGUACCACCAUGACUGGGAUUGGUGGAUCCCGGUGAUCCUCGACGAGUUUCACGCCGAGUUUACUUGCAUGUGGGAGCAUCAGCGACUGACAUUGCAAUCUUGA